GUUCUCUUCCAGCCAGGGCAUGUGACAUGUGAGCACGUCCAUGCGCAUCGUCACCCCACCGGAUUCCCUGAAAUCGCAAAUCUCCCACCUCCUCCAGGUCUCCCUCCAUCCAUAGCUGCGAGACACUUCGUCAAAGAUAGCUCACGGGACUCGCGCCGCCCGUGGAAAAGGAGGCAACGAAUCCACCCAUCCGCAUUCGGGCGCCAGCCCGAAUCCCACUGCCGCUGCUUCGGCAAACCGCCAUUCGCGGGGUCAUAGGAGGAGGGAGCAAUGGGCGCCGCGGAGGAGGGGGAGGAAGGGGUCAUGGCGACGGACUUCUUCUGGUCGUACACGGACGAGCCGCACGCGUCGCGCCGCCGAGAGAUCCUGGCCAAGUACCCGCAGAUCAAGGAGCUCUUCGGCCCGGAUCCGUGGGCCUUCCUCAAGAUUGCUGUUGUUGUUUCACUUCAACUAUGGGCUGCUACAUUCCUCCGAGAUGCUAGCUUGUUGAAGAUACUGACAGUUGCCUACUUCUUUGGCUCCUUUCUAAACCACAAUCUGUUCCUUGCCAUCCAUGAACUCAGCCACAAUCUUGCCUUCACAACCCCCUCUCUUAAUCGCUGGCUAGGUAUCUUUGCAAACCUCCCCAUUGGUGUCCCCAUGUCCAUAACAUUUCAAAAAUACCACUUGGAGCACCACCGGUUCCAAGGUGUGGAUGGAAUCGACAUGGAUAUCCCCAGCCAAGCAGAGGCGCAUGCUGUCAAGAACGCCGUCAGCAAAUCCGUGUGGGUCGUGCUCCAGCUCUUCUUCUAUGCACUCAGGCCACUCUUUCUGAAGCCAAAGCCUCCAGGCCUGUGGGAAUUCACCAACCUCGCGAUCCAGAUCUCGCUUGAUGCCAGCCUUGUGUACUUCUACGGCUGGAAAUCACUAGCUUAUCUGAUACUCUCAACGUUCGUCGGUGGCGGCAUGCACCCUAUGGCAGGCCACUUCAUUUCGGAGCACUACGUCUUCAACCCCGAUCAGGAGACGUACUCAUACUACGGUCCUCUGAACCUGAUGACAUGGCAUGUCGGUUAUCACAAUGAGCACCAUGAUUUCCCAAGAAUUCCAGGCACCAAGCUGCACAAGGUGAAGAAAAUUGCGCCGGAAUACUACGACAACCUGAAAUCUUAUAAGUCUUGGAGCCAGGUGAUAUACAUGUACAUUAUGGACCAGACGGUCGGUCCUUUCAGCCGGAUGAAGAGGAAGGCGCCGAAGAAAGAUUCAUAGUUUGACUCCUGCUUGUGGGUGAUUUUUUUUGUCAUGUAUAAACUCUUUCAGACGAUGUUUGUAUUGGUGUAGACUUGUCGAUUCGUUGGAACUUUUCUAUCAAAAUCUUCCGCCUCAUUUUUCAA